CUACCUCUGUACCGCGAUUUGUUGAUGGCAUUAGGGAUUUGCUCCGUCAGUAAAAAGAGCUGCAACUACAUCCUCCAAAAAGGAAAAGGGAAUGCGAUCUGCAUCGUCAUUGGUGGCGCAGCAGAAAGUCUCAUGACAAAGGUUGAACAACCUUCGAUGGAAAAAGUACUUGAGGUACACGCUCUCUACAUUGAGGAAUUAAAAAGGUCAGCACCAAGUAAUGAACUACUACACCCAGUCAUUCUGACCAAUCCACAUUUUAGGAUAUGGGAAAAGUAUAAGGAUCAAUAUGCUAGACAGCGCACAAAAGAUCUGAGGAUCAUUUAG